UUUUGCAAAACCAUGGUGUGUUUGCCAUGGGUUGGGCAUCACCUCCCCUUCAUUCAGCAACAAUUUUAUGGAUGUAUUUUGUGUUACCAGUUUUUGCAGAGCUUCAGAGAGUUCAACAUCAACCAAAACAUGAUGGAACCCUCAACUUUCUAGUAGUAGGAGAUUGGGGUAGAAAAGGGAAAUAUAAUCAAUCCCUUGUUGCUACACAGAUGGGAAAGAUGGGAGACAUACUUGAUUUAGAUUUUGUGGUAUCAACUGGAGACAAUUUCUACAAAAGUGGGAUAAAAGGUUUAAAUGAUCCAAAUUUUGUACAAUCAUUUUCCAACAUUUACACUGCUAAGAGCCUGAGGAAGCAAUGGUACUCUGUUUUGGGAAACCAUGACUACAGGGGUAAUGCAUUGGCACAACUAAGUCCUAUCUUAAGAAGAAUUGAUAGGAGAUGGUUUUGCCAGAGAUCAUUCAUUCUUAAUGCAGGAGUUGCUGAUUUUUUCUUCAUAGACACAACCCCGUUUAUUAAUAAAUAUUUCAACACUUCAAGUCGUCAUUAUGAUUGGAGAGGUGUGCUUCCUAGGGAAAAAUACAUUAAAAACCUUCUCAAGGAUCUUGAAGAAGCAUUGGUGAAAUCAAGUGCAAGAUGGAAAAUCGUUGUUGGUCACCAUGCAAUAAGAAGUAUCGGGCAUCAUGGUGAUAGUGUAGAGUUAAUAAAUCACCUUGUUCCAUUACUUAAGGCCAACAAUGUCGACAUGUACAUAAAUGGUCAUGAUCAUUGCCUCCAACAUAUAAGUAGCAUAAAUAGUCCACUUUUGUAUUUAACGAGUGGAGGUGGUUCAAAGGCAUGGAGAGGUGAUGUUAAAGAGAGUGAUUCUGAUGUGAAAUUCUUCUAUGAUGGUCAAGGUUUCAUGUCAGUUCAAAUCACUGAAACUGAAACAAAGUUUGCCUUCUACAAUGCCUUUGGUGACAGAAUACACCAUUCCAGAGUAACCAAGUCCACCAUGCAUCCUGUUUCAUGA